AUGGUCUCGAUUCACAGCCUGCUGGUAUUUCUCCCCCUCGGCGUCAUCGCAGCCCUUCUCAACGUGAAUCCGGUCGUGGUUUUCGUCUCUAAUUUUCUGGCCAUUAUUCCACUUUCUGCUAUCGUGUCGGACGCGUCCGACACAUUAUCGGAAGAUGUGGGUGAUUUGCUUGGAGGAUUAAUCAAUGCGACCUUUGGCAAUGCCGUGGAGUUGACCACUGGGAUUCUGUCCGUUACCAGUGGGGAUAUCUAUUUUGCACAGUCGGUUAUGAUCGGGAGUAUCCUGUCGGAUAUUCUUUUGGUUUUGGGUGGCUGCCUAAUAUCAUCCUCAUAUAACAAGUAUAUACUAUCAUUCAAUGUAGUCAUGACGGGCUCUCUGUCCUCAUUGAUGGUUGUUACUGCCGUGGGGUUGAUUUUACCCUCAGUUCUGUAUGCAACCUUUACUACAGUGGAUCUGGACGACCAGGUUCUGAGCUUCUCACGUGGAACUUCCGCCGUACUCCUGGUACUUUAUGUCGGGUAUCUCUACUUUCAAUUGGGAACGCAUAAACAUCUAUUUCAGCAAGAUCCCCAAAGUCAAGAGAAAGACAAGCGUGCUGAGAGUGAAGCCCACGAGAAACCGAACCACUCAAAAACCGUUGUCGCCCUUUUUGCAGCAGGAAUCUCAAUUGUUAUCUGCUCUCAUUUCUUCCUUGCCAGUGUCCCCGCCACCUCAGCUGCGACUCGGAUCUCCAAAACUUUCAUUGCGACUAUCCUCAUCCCCAUCAUCAGCAAUAGUUGCGAAGGCGCGGCGGUUAUGGCUGCCUCAUUCCGCGGCGAUGAUGUCAACUUUGCCAUCAGUAUCAUCAUCAGCAGUAUCUUGCAGAUUGGGCUCUUUGCUAUUCCAUUUUUGGUGAUGUUUGGCUGGGCGAUCGGGGUACCGAUGACGCUCUAUUUUGAGACAUUUCAUACGCUGGUCUUGUUCUUCGCCAUCCUGGUUGUGAACCAAGUUCUGAAGGAUGCGAAGUAUACGUACCUUCACGGGAGUAUGCUGAUUGGACUGUAG